AUGAUGACCGCUGAGGAAAAGGCGAAAUUCAGGUCCCAUUUCCUCGAACUUGGUCAGGGGAGAAUCAUACCUCCCACCAACACCUUCUGGAAUACCCUUUGGACAUACCCCACUUGUGCAGAAGAUGUAUAUGAGCUGUUGACCCCUUCAGACAUACGUACUGUACGAAAUCAGAACAAAGUCAAUUUUAUCCUUCUAAUACGAAUAUUAUGCACAAAGAUUGUGGAAUAUGGCGAUCCCGUCCACAUUGACAAGUUGUCAGGUACGAAACAUACAGUUGAAUUGUUGAAUUGCAUACGGUUUGUCUCCAAGUUGGUCCCGUUUGUGUUUGAACUUGCGGCUUAUCACAAUGAUCUUGAAACUGUGUUCUUUUGGAGUAAAGAGUUUGACCCGAUAGAAUACCUGCGAAGAGAAGCACCCGUACCACUACAACCUCAUGAGAUACACGAAUCUCUCGCAGUGAGAUUACUUUCUAGUUUGAUUAAGUUACUAUUUGUCAAUGGCUUUACUACAUCGCUGAAGUCAAUGACAGUUUGGGAACCAGGGAUUGGCCAACGCACAAAAUACGACCCUCCCAACUUGAUUAUAGAUAGCAACCGCUCAGAGUUGCUUAAACUACUCAUCACAUUGUGUUCUUCGCCAAUGUACUCCAGCAUCUUGCAUUUACUGUCGACGGGAUCCAAGUUCUUGACGUAUUUGGUGAGUAGCACCCCAAAACAAGAAUUGUUAUUUUUGGUAUGCUCACUUGUUAACGUUGCUUGUCGAGCCUCUAGAAGUUCUAUGGAUGAGAGCUCGUUGAUAUAUCCUGAAAAUAUUGAAUAUUCGGAAAUUAGACAUGUGGUGGUGGCUUAUUCAUUUCAGUUGUUGACUUUGUUAGUUGCAUAUCCGUUACCUAGUCCCACGGAAACCAAAUUUUUGGUUGAUGCCGGGUUAAUCACGUCAAAACCUCACAACAUGGCAAGACUAUACAUGGGAAGAAUAUAUAAAGACAAUGAAAUCCUAUUUUUGGCAACUUCACUAGUUAACAUAUUGAGAUUCCCUGUCACGGGAACACGAGUGACUGAAAAUGGGACAAAAGUAAAAAGUACCCCACCGGCACUUUGGGCUACAGAGGCAGCAAUGUUGAUUUGGGAAUUGAUGCAAUGCAACAAGAACUUUAAAGAGUUGAUUGGCCGGAAGUUUGUCUCAGAACUAAUGGUUGUGCUCAUGUAUUACACUUUCUCGUUCCAUUCCAACCAUGUACAUGCUAAUUUAGUCCGGGUGUGCACUUACCUUAUGUUGUACUUGUCUUCGGAAGACAUGAUUAACGAUUUGUUCUUUCCCAUGAGUUCAUCAUUGUAUGAGUCCCUCCCUGGACCAUACAAGCUUCAAUAUCACCCUUUGACGACUCGAGAUUUUCUAGUGUGUCAAAUUUGCAAUUGUAUUAUUGGAAAACAAGCCAACCUCUUGUACUUGACGAACAAACCCAUGCCUGAUUUGUUGGCGAAGACCUUGGUUGAAAUUCUAUACAAUUUAAUCCAGCCAGUGUCCAAUGACGAAUUGAAUGUACAUAAUGAUCCAUUGAAGAAACUCAAUAAUCCAAAUUCGCGAGGUGGACUUUCGUACGCAGCAGCGUGUUCCAUCACUCACCUUAUCGUCAAACUAUCCAAUCGGUCAUUUGUGCUAGAGAUACCAUUCCAUCUGACUUCAUUGGCGUUGGUGAUACGGGCAGUUGCAACGGCGGCUAUGAAUUAUCCUGGUCCUUCACGAAUGUUGCUAUUCUCAAUGAUCAAGAAUGAAAAGGUAUUUCAAGAGGUGAGAAAUACAAUGGCAUCACUCCAUGGCGUACAUUUUAAACAAGGAGUGCCUGUAAGAAUAGACAACACCCCAGAAGUUGUGCCUGUAACUCCCCAUCUUAUCAAUGGAAGUUUUAGACCUUCGAUAUAUGGGGAACCAAUUGAAACUUACGGAAUAGCAAGACCUAUCAAUAGGGAAGAAGACCAUUAUAUGACGGAAGAUGAGACCGUGGCGGAAUCCUUACGGCCUAGUUCACCCCGAGGGAUGACCAACAAGGCUAGAGAAAAGAUGAAGAAGAACAUACCUAUUGGCAAAUCCUGGGGUGGCGAUGCCGCAUUGAAGACGAUCCUAGAAGUCAUUAUUCCUAAGUUGCACGAAGUCCUCGAUGAGUCUGAAGAAAAUGAGAUUUUGAAAAUGGUUCAACUUAUUGAAGACAUUACGUUUGAGGACAAUUAUGAGAAACCAGAACCAUUGCGAUUCACGUGGAGUCAUUUAUCCCUUGGUUGGUAUAUGUCGUUGUUAUUUCAUGAGAUUUAUGAUUCGAAUGACUUGAUGAAGAGUUUUAUGAGGAGUAACAAUGGAAUAUUCAAGAGUAUUGGUAGCUCCCUUGCCAGUGUUAGCAUGUUUUCAUACAGUUGGAAUAGUUUGCUCAGUCGUAAACCCAAGACAAAUCAGGAUGAAAUUCAAUGGGUCAAGAAUUCAUUAACAAACUAUAAUCAUUGGGCAAAUACAAAUGUCAGAUUGUUCAAGAUUGACUCGGGAGAAGGAUUCUUCUCAAGCAUAAACAAGAUAGGAUCUGGUGUAUCACAGUCUCUACCUGUUAGUCCUGUCACGGAAAUGGCGACACAGUUUGGCAAAAGGUUUAGUGAACUACGUCUAAAUUCUAAUCAAAAUAGAUCAUCGCCUGUGCUUUCGAUAAGCGCAGGAGAGACGCCGCCACAACGGCCAGAUACAUUACGAAAAUUGUCACGAAAUUCAAUUCUGAGCUUGCAUACAUUGAACGCGAUAAAUAGAACGAGAAGUAACACCAUAGUUUAA